UCAGCAAAAUGGUCAACAAACGCACAGUCACCGAACUCAGUCUGUUUGCCGGUCUCAUCGUGUGUAAGCGAUGGUUGUUUUCAGAACAUUUUCAGAGUUAAACCAUAAUUAUUUUUCAGCGAUGCACGUCGCCUACUACACCAUCCAGAAUAACCCGUCGCUCGUGGCUCCACAUCAGAGGCAAGAACUGUUCUACGUGAGAUGGCUGAAAGAGAAGAUCCCAGCAUUGAGACCAUAUGGUGUUACCGAUGACAAGACACCGAAAGCCGAUCAGUGAAUGAUAAUUUAUAUUUUUUUAUUCCUGUAAUUGUCAACCUACCCAUCAAUCAUUUCCUUUUUCCUCCUGAAAACUAAUUAGUCGCAUAGAAGUUCUCUUUUUUAUGUGUCCGUCUCAAAAAUAGUAGAUAAACCUGACCUCCGGAUGAA